AAGCGAGAAUAUGAUACUUCCUCGUGGAACACCAUACCAUACGGUCGGUUGGACGAGCUCAGGAGCGAACCGGUGGCGCGAGACUCCCACUAGGAGAUCCCCCAGAUCUGUGAUCUCUCUCGCGCGCGCGUCAAUGGCAUCGGUGGACGCCGGCGACGUGCAGGCGGCGCUGGCGCCGGUGAGCAGGGCCACUGUCUCGCACGUCAUCUUCGACAUGGACGGCCUCCUCCUGGAUACGGAGGGAUUCUACACGGAAGUGCAGCAGAAGUUCCUGGCGAGGUACGGCAAGGUGUUCGACUGGUCAGUCAGGGCCAGGAUGAUGGGCAAGAAGGCCGCCGAGGCGGCGCGCAUCUUCGUCGACGAGUACGGCCUCGCCGGCCUGCUCACUCCGGAGCAGUUCCUCGAGCAGCGCGAGAGCAUGCUGCAGGAGCUCUUCCCCUCCUGCGCCAUCAUGCCCGGGGCACUACGCUUGAUUCAUCAUUUCCAUGCAAACAAGAUACCUAUCUGUGUUGCAACAGGAUCCCAUAAAUGUCAUUUUGGACUGAAGACACAGAACCACCAGGAAAUGUUUGCCCUGAUGCAUCAUGUUGUCAUGGGGGAUGAUCCAGAGGUUAAGGCCGGCAAGCCAUCUCCUGACAUUUUCCUUGCUGCCAUGAGGAGGUUUGAGGGCAAUGAGGAAACCAGUAACUGCUUGGUCUUUGAAGAUGCACCAUCAGGUGUAGCAGCAGCUAAGAAUGCAGGAAUGCAUGUGGUGAUGGUCCCAGAUCCGAAGCUGGAUGUUUCAUAUCACAAAGAAGCCGACCAAGUUCUCGGUUCCCUGUUGGAUUUCGAACCGACCGAAUGGGGCUUGCCACCUUUUAAAGAGGAGUGAAAAUUAGUUUGAUGACUGUGAGGUUCGAGAGUGAGUAACCAAAACUUUGCAAGGUGAUUUACCUAUACAAAUAGUACUAUGUACGAGAUAAUAGAACUCUCGUAGCUCUCCUUGUUUGCACGGUGGACACCGAAGCUUAGCACUUUGGCUGAGUUCCUACAGUCCUGUAACAAUAAGAACAACGGUAUAGACACUACUGGCUAUAUGUGUAUCACCUGAUGCAGAAGCCGGGGGUUAUCCUCCUUUUCAAGAAAAAAAUACAUUGAAAAACUGCA